CCUAUAAGUUAACCUAUAAGUUAUUUAUGAAACUAUCCUGUAGAAACUACAGACAGACAGACUCGUUGUAAUCAGUAGUUCCGUGUACAGUUGCCAUAGAAACAUAUUCAGUUCUGCGGUACUUGAUGUGUGCGUUUUUAUGAACUUUCCCGGGAGUAAACGCGUCCUUUAGCUAUACGUUUCCUAGUCACCUGCAUGGUAUAAUUGUACAAAAAGGGAAAAUAAAUUAUUAUAAAUAUUAUUUGUGGCAUUUUGGCAGUAGCACGUUUAAACAGCAGUCUGUUUUGUGGCUACUUCUAGCUGCCUCAAUGGUUUCAUUUUCUGACAAGCAUCUAAAUAGGAUAAGAAUAUUCUUAUUUAACAAGAAAAAAGGGGCUCAAGAAUGAAACAGCUGUAUGAAACCAGCUACCUUACCCCACUUUCAGAAAAAUUGAUACUUGAACAUGGGCAAUCUGCAAAGCAAGAUCAAGAAAAGGAACUGAGCAAUCUUGUUUGCACAAAGUUGGAUGGGUUGCUUUUAAAAAAUGUAACAUACCUGAGCUAUUGCAGAUCAUUAAAAAUCUGUUCACUGUCAAACAAUUUCCUAACAACAAUUGAUGCACUUGCAUACUGUCCUCACCUUGUGAAACUAGACCUUCAUAGCAAUCAAAUAGUACAGCUUCCAGGGGAGUACUUCUGGGCUGGAUUAAAGAACCUUCACCUUUUGUAUUUACAUGACAAUAGCAUAACAGAUCUGGAAAAUGUCCAUUCUUUGUCCACUUGUACAAAUCUGCUAGGCCUUACCAUGUAUGAUACUCCAGUAAGUUUACAGAAGAUUUACAGACAUUGUACUGUCAAUAGCAUUUGGUCAUUAAAGGCACUCGAUAAGUAUAUAAUUUCUGAUGAAGAAAUUAUUGAGGACUGGCACCUCCCAGGCAUAUUUAAAGCAUUUAAUCAUCGACUGCGGGUGAAUAUUUUGCCUGCCAAGAACACGGUGACAUCAUUGCAAGAUGAAAUUAAGUCAAUGAAUCACAUAAUAUCUAAGAUCAACCAAAUUCUUGCCCACACCUCACCGGUGCUAAUUAUUCAACGUUGGAUAAGAGGACAUAUGACCAGGAAAAGACUUGGAAUGAUUCCAUUUAUGACAAAGGUUCACCACAGAGACUGGCUUCCAAAUAAGAAAAAAUAUAGCUACGGCAGAAGCACGCCCUCACUGAAGGAUUACUGGAGUUCUGUUCUUACCGCUAAACAAGAGUUGACCAUGCAUGACAAAAAACACAAAACAGCAGUUCAGGAUGUACAAGAUACAAGAUACUUCUUGGAUGAAAGUGUAAGGUCUAAAAGAGAAAAUAAACAUGAACAAAUGCAACAAAAAAAGCAUGAAGAAACAAGGAAGCAAAUUAUUUUAGCUGAUAAGCAAACAGCUAAUUCUGAAAUAUUUGGGAAUAGGCAGACCCAUGCUGUGUAUCUAGAGAGACUGAGGGAAGCCGUGGUUUUUUAUAAGAAUAUUUUGGGUAACAAUAUGGAUCUUCAAAAGCUUCUUUUGGAUUUAUCAUCAGAUAAAGAUGAUAUUGCAGCAUUUGGCAUUGGAAAUGAUACCACUGCCUCAGAAAGAAAACUUAAAAAGUUCUCUCGUGACAUCUCUGAUUAUGAUAAGGGACAACCGUUCAAGAAUGUCAGACAUGUCCGAUUCCAAGAAGGACAGAAUGCUAAGAAGCAAGUUUCUAAAUCCAAAAGGAAACGUCCACGUUCCAUACUAAAAGGGCAUAGUAAUAAUACUGAGUCCACUGAUUUGGAAACCUCAUCUGGUACAGAUACUGACACACAGUCCACCAUGGACUCCCCCACCCCAAAGCGUAAAAACUAUGUAUCCCCUUUAGGGAACACAGGGGAACAAGGAGACACUGCACAUUUACAACAUGAAGGUUUCAAAUAUCAUGCUUCUAAUUUUACUCCUCCAAUGCAUCCAGCUGUUAACCUCUUUUUGAGAAGUGUACUUAGUGAGUUACAUUUUAAGCACAAUUAUGAGAGACCUAUGCCCAAUAAUAUCACUGAUGGUGAAAAAUCCUGUCUAGAGGAACUUGCAAAUAAUAAAGAUCUAGUCAUUAUCAACGCAGACAAAGGAGGGGCAGUGGUAGUGUUAGAUUGGUGUGCUUAUGAUAUUGAAGCACAUAGACAACUCAAUGAUGUUAAAUACUAUACUAAAAUGCCACUGGACCCUACCUUGGUUUUCAAAAAGGAUAUUGAUGACUUUUUGAACUCUGCUGUUGAAAAUGGCAUUAUUGACAAGAAAACAUGUUAUCAUUUAACAAUUAAUGAUCCCACUAGACAACAUAUUUACUUUCUGCCAAAAAUACAUAAGGAUCUUUCACAUCCACCUGGAAGGCCGAUUGUAUCAGGCAUGGGGUCGAUAACUGAACCUCUUUCUGAAUUCCUAACUAUGCAUUCAAAGCCAUUGCUACUAUAUGUAAGAUCACGUAUACAGGACACCACUCAAUUUUUGAGUAUUAUAAAUGAUAUGAAGUUGGAUACAGAAUGGUUACUAUGCACCUUGGACGUAAGUUCACUUUACACCAAUAUUCCGCAUUGGGGUGGACUUGAUGCUAUUGAAUUCUGGCUCAAUGAAUCUAAAUUAUAUCAACCUGGUUUCAAUACCCUCCUGUUGAAUCUAACUGAGCAUGUUUUGACUAAGAAUGUUUUUUUCUACAACCAGGAUUGUUAUCUACAGAUCAGAGAUUAUUCAGGACCUACUGAAGAAGAAGAAAAGAUACAAUUUCGACUUUCUGGGUAUCGGAUAUGUAUUUGUGAAUCAAGCCCAGUACGUAAUAUGCUAUUGCAUCGAAAAGAAAGUGGUAAUGAUAUCAGGUUUGCCAUUCAGCACUUUCAUUCUAUGAACCUUGAAUUUUCAAAACCCUGUAAGCCUUAUCUGCCUCCAAUGACCUUGGAGAAAAGGCUUUUCACAAAAUUAUAUGGCUCUUUAAGUCUCACACCUUUUGAAACUGUUGAAAAAGCAUACAAAGAGAGGCAAAGAAGUGAAACAAUGGCCAGAAAAAAAGACUGGGUUAAGCAAAUCCACAGUGCAAAAGAAGAGGCAAAGAACCACAUUCUUGGUUUUCUUGAAGAAAAGAAAAACAUUUCUCUUAGAAAAAAAGAAGAUGACAGUAGGAUGAUUCUUGGUAACAUAGAACAAUGUAAAUCAAGCAGAUCACAGUUCAUUAAGGAAUCAAAGGAGAAAAAUGCCAAGUUUCUUCAAUGGAAAAGAAAGAAAACUGCAGAGCAUUUACUUGCUCAGAACUUUAAUUGUCAUAAUUCAUCAGUAGGAAAAGCCUUGCUGAAGCAUCACUUAUUGGUAAAACGAGGAGAUGCCCGUCAAGGGGCCAUACAAUUGGUGAAGGCAUGCAGAGAGCUGCAAGAAGAAAAUAAGGACCAAGUGAAGGAAUGCUUAGAAAAGAGGAAAUUGAUGCUUCAGGCCGAAAACAGUGCUGAAAAAGAUGAACUACAUUCUUAUAUUUGGGAAGAAACUAAUCAGAGAUUACUGCUGGCUAGAAAAAGAGUAGCAAUGUUAAAAACUUUGAGAACUACUAAAGAACCUAUGCUCCCAGUGCCUGUGGAUCAAAGAUCGAAUGAAGGAGCUUACUUAAUGCAAAGCUGUGAAGCCAAUGAUUUAUAGUUCAUACAGAAUAGUAAUAUUAGAGUGUUACCAUGUUACAACAUAAAAAGUGUUGUUAUAAAGUGACUGCACAAUCAGAUGAAACUUAAUUAGACUUGUAUUACUAUCUAAAGCACGUAUUUCUUCUUUUUAACUGACCACAAUAUGUACUUUAACUUCGAUAAAAACAUAUUUACAAAAUGUUUAUUCUUUUGGUGGGGUUCAGUCUACAGUGAGUGAUUAAAAAUAACUUUAUAUAUUUUUUUAUAUGCUUUUUCCAUCUCUGAUGACCAUCAAAACAUUUUCUAAUGGAUCUUGAGCCUGUUAAUUCUCAAUGUGGUGGGGUCCAUAUCCAUGCUGAGUGAAAGCUGACCAGAGAAGGCUUUCAUCCAGACUGCCAUAAAGGAACAUGUACCUCUGCUUAUGCCCUGACAUCCAUCUGCUACUGAGGGUUGAAUCCUGGCUCCAACAGCCUGAAGACUCCUGCAGAUCCAGGGCAUCUGUGCAUCAGGACAGACGCUAACUGUCCCCAGGCUGGGAAAGUACAUAACACCCCUCUUCUUAGCAGGCUAUCUCAUUUAGGGCAUGGGACAUGGGGGCAUUUUUGUUAUGCCCCUUCCUCCCCCCUAUGUUGGCUGAUGUGUGCACCUGUGUCACUGUGGAUACCUCUUUUGCCAUCCUUGGACAUGCAAGAACUCAAACACAUAUAUUCUAUGAGCUACUAUUGCCAGCUUGAGAGCACUAAGCCCAUGCCCUCCCAGUAAUGGCCCUUGCUGUCAGGCAGCCUCUGUUUAUAUGGGAAUAAUUUGACCAGUGGGAAACCAUCAGCCCUCCCCAAAAUGAGCA